AUGCUCCCCGGCCAUCUCAAGUCGUUAUUCAAGACGAAAGCGCCAUUAUACAGGGAGCCAGUGGAUUAUCCUCUUGAAAAGCGAUGUACGAAACAGAUAUCGGGCGUAUCUGAAUAUCUCGCGGCUUUCAGGGAAGCACAGAGUGCAGAGCAGCCGCCAGUGACGAAAACUCGGUUGCAAGAGAAGAAAGAGGCACUUUUGGCGAAACAACAAGAAAAUAAAGCCAAAUUGGCGGAUUCAGCUGCAAAUUGGAACCCCAAAGUAGACCCGCUAGUGAAAGGUGACCCUUUUUCGACCCUGUUUGUUGGCAGACUUCGAUACACUAUUGAUGAGACCGAUCUUGACCGGGAAUUCGCGAAAUACGGACCGAUUGAACGAGUUAGAGUAGUUCGUGACCACAAGGAUCAAAGUCGUGGCUACGCCUUUGUCGUAUUCCAGCAGGAAAGCGAUGUACAGCGGGCUAAAAGAGAAGCCAUGGGCGUCCUGCUCAAGGGCCGCCGUAUAAUUACUGAUUUCGAGCGCGGGCGCACACAAUCAUCUUGGAAACCUCGUCGACUUGGUGGUGGGCGUGGUGGGCGCGACUAUGCCAAGCAAAUGUUGGAAGAGAGUCGGCGAAAGCAGCGUCCACCUCCCCGGGAACCUCGCAGAAAAGAUCCGCGUUCCCGCGACUAUCCCCCGCGUGAUUACUCUCGAGAUCAUCCUCGAGAUCACCCUCGAGAUCAUCCUCGAGACUACCCCCCACGAAACCAACUCUCGCGGGAACCUCUACGAGAUCAAAGGAGAGAUCCAAGAGAUUUCAGAGAACGCCGAGGCCCUAUUCGAACCGAACAAGGCAGGGUUUUGAGGAAAUACUAA